AGAUUGGGUUUACAGAUUGUUCAGGAAGUGCUGCCUCGCUCCUCCUUUUUCGCGAUCAUGUUCAAUGGCGCACCAAGCUUUCUGUUUCUGUAUAUACCCUUCCUGAUGUAGUGCUUCCGCCUACAUACAAGAAGCCAGAACGCUGCACGUUAUUCGCCGUCGACGGCGCCGAAGUUUCCGCAGUGAUUUGUUCAGUUUAAAUUGACUGACGGUGUAAUUUUCUUCAGGUUUGGCUGCGCCUGAACUGCGAUCCCCCUUGUCCCCCUACCCCUGGGGAAAUGUCAGCUUUGUCCUGAUCGAGGGCAUCUCGCUCCUUUCUCCGAUGCCGAUUCUCCUCACGUGGAGUUUUUCAUUUUCUUGUACGUUGAGAAGCGACGGCAACAAGACGGACCUGCUCUCCCGGCCUGCGAGGGGACGCGUGAGAUGAUGCCUUCUCCUCCUGGUCGCUUGCUGAGUUGUCAGGAACCGUGUCCCUCAGCUCGAGUCGGCUCUCCUCCAGCAGAAACCUUUUGUACUGCGUCCCCCACCUCCAGCCAGUUCAGACAGGAAACCUUUCCAAUCUUGCAGCAGGCAUACUUGGAUUCAUCGUCAGGGAAUUACUUUCAGUACAACCAAGUGACACUAGUGAAUAAUGCACAACUUCUAGAUCAGUACAAUGCUUGUCGGUUGGAUCUAGAGGUGAAAGGUUAUAACCAGGAUGAACUUGCUGAGUCCUUUGCUUUCUUACUGUUUGAAACAGAAGAUCAGGCAAAAGCUGUCUGUGUAGAAGGAUUGAAGGUUGGAAGCAGUGACAUUACAACUCUAGGAGAUCCACUGAAGGGAGUUUAUCUUUGUAAAUAUUCAGACUUCCUUCAUCCCAAGCCAUGGUACCAUGGAAAGUGUGGCUUUAUUGUAAUUUUUAAAAUAAUUAAGGGUAGAGUGAAGUCUAUGAUUGAAAAUUACACAGCGGAUUUGACUGAGCCAUCUGUUGGUUACAACUGCCAUGUUUCUAUAAACAGUGAUACGGUUUCUUCCAUAACAAGCCAUUUUCAAGCUUUUGAGCUGACCCAGUAUUAUUUGUAUGAGUUUGGACACUGUGAUGUUCUCCAGCGCCCUCGACAGAUUUAUCCUUACGCUAUUGUAGCAUUUCAUUACUCUGACAGCAAGUACAUCAUGGCAGACUCAGCAAAGACUGAGUUGCUUAUUCCUGAAAUCCAAGUGGAGUACUAUCCUUGGAAAGGACAACUCGCCAACAAAGGCAAAGUGAUCAAUGUAACUCUAAAAUCAAAUGGCAGUCCAUUGAUGCCGGUCGUUUUACCAACUAAGCUUGAAAUUGAGUACGUGAUGAGCAUUGGUGAACUGAAAAGCAAACUGCCACAGGGAGUUUUUGAAAGAGAAAAAUACAAAUUUAAAGAAGUUUGUUUGGAAGGUUUUUAUUGCAGUUGGUAUGAACUGGUGGCAGACACAGAGGGAGGAGAAGCGCUUUGGCUGGAUCCUUUGAUAAAUGAAUUGGAGGAAAAGAAACUGGCAGUUGUAAAGCGCUUAAACGAUCAGGGGCUACUCAUACUGUUCAGCGAGUCUGUUUCCAAUCCUACCAGUGGAGGCAGCCAGGCUACUCAUGAUGCAUUACAAGCUUUAUUCAUUUUCAAAACACCCAGAAUUUCUCAUCUCAAAGAAACGAAUCAGGUGAUGCGCACACUUCUCCAGGAUAGGAUUACUCCGUUGCUUCCUGGUUAUACGUAUGCUGUGACAACAGGUCUGACAUCCACUGAUACUCCAUCAAUUCCGUGGAACAAAGUGGUUGAGGAUCAACUUGUGCAGUAUUUCAAAACAACUUCAAAGCAGUCCAAACGAAGAGGUGUUGCCACAGGCCGUCAUUCUCCAGUUUCUGUGGGGACACUGCCAAAGAAAGGAGAGCCGCCAAUUCCUGGAGACUCCUGGAGAACCAGAAUUUCCCAACUCUCUCCUUACUUUGCCAACCCCGCAAACUACCUACUACCCGUGUCAAGAGUCCUGAAACUUAAGGGUAAUGUCCUCAAGCUGUGCCACAACUCUGGCGCCAAGCCAAAGGUCUUGUGCCAGUCUAGUGCCUCAGACCCACAGCCCCCUAAUGCUGGGUCCCCGCGGGUAACGAGGGUGUCAAGAUCCAAAAAGGUUCAAGGGAAAGAUGCCCUGCCUGUGGGCUUGCCAGUACCAAGGGCGCCUCCUCGGUCUGGGAUUACAGUAAAGGCCACAUCACAGAACCAAGCAAAUGGUCAACCAGGCAAGACUGUGGGAAGAGGUAACUCGGUCAGCAAGCCGAUUGCAGAGAGCAAAGUCUCUAACAGAGGGAAAAGGAAGGCAGGUAAACCUUUACAGGUCCUCGCCAGCGCCGACUGCACAGUCAGCAACAACGCAGCCAGCGUCCCUUCGGCAAGUCCGGGAUAUUCCACACAAUCCGUUCGCAAUAAUAAAAGAUCCCGGGCACAGUCGGCCAAAGGCUUAUCCAAGGAAUCACCUGCCCGACCUGAGGUGAACACUAAGAGACCAAAAACUUCUGCAGCGCCCCCUCAAACCUCUGCAGCAGGCAGAGCGGACAGCAACUGUGUGGACACAGGGAUGACUGCGCUGGAUAAGGUGCCCAGCCAGUACACUGAAACUGUUUGUGUUACAGGAAUAAACACGCAGCAGGUUUCGAGGUAUGGUGUCUGUACCUGGAACAUUGUUGGAAACGUCUCUGAUAACGAGCCUGCCUCCCUUCAGCCGUUGUCCCUGUGUGCUGGUUUAGGUUUGUUACAGGAGAAGAAAGCGCUAGAGGUGAAUAGGCAGCCAUCCCAGGAGGAUGUCGACAACAAAGUGGGGCAGACGGACGCACUAAAUAUUCUUGCUGACCUUGCAAUUAAUUCUGCUAUCGCGGCAGUAGCAACACCGAAGCAACACUGCACUUUGACUUUUCAUCAGGCAUCUGGGACUUGUGCCGCCGCUGAGAGCUCAUCUGUUGGGAGCGGUGAGCAAUUAAACCAUUGUUCCAAUUUGCUUGACAACCACAGUGAUGGUUUGCGAAAUACAGAACUCGGGGCACAGAACAUCAUGUCAUGGGCAGCAGAAAGCCACCACGAAGGCGGGGGAGAAUUCUCUGAAAGUCGGGUGGCCCCGUCUUCUGCGUCAUCGAGUCUAGAAGGUCCUCCUUGUGCAGCCCCAGCUCGCUCUAAACCCGAAACCUCGAAGGUGCCGAAGUCUCAGUCUCGAGUUGCUAAGGAGUCUGCUCACCGAUCCUCGGCCACUCCCCGCAGUUCUCACCCCUUGGGAGACCAUUCGUAUUCUCGGCCACCGAGGGAUAGAGAGCCUGUGUGUUCAGCUGUUGCUAACCCAGUGUCAUCCGAGAGUGAGUCUGGGGUGUGUCAGUCUGUAUCAAAUCAAGGACAGAACGAGAGUAGAGACUCAGCUGUGUCGGAUACGAGUCAUAUUUCACAAUCACAGACUGACCUUGGCUCUAAGGAUGAAGAAAGAACAUUAGUUGGGAGAGUGUUACCCUUCAGACGUGAAGACCCAUGUUGGACAAAUGAUACAAAUACUGUGUCAGCUCCACUGAAAAGCAAUGGUGCAUUGGGAAGGAGCGACCAGGUCACUGUCUGUACUAUUGCUGAUUCAUCACAGAGCAGGUUCGAUGAAGAUUUCCAAUGCUCUCGCCGUGUACAUGAGGAAAAAGACACUGUGAAGGUGACAUUUGAAUGGAAAGGACCAUAUUUGUACCAGUGGGACAGCAAAUAUACAAAUGAUUCACUGGAGAAAUCUGUGAAUCGGGCUUUGCAUGGGCCCUGGGAUCCAACGAUCCAAGAGACCAUGAAGGAAGUGAAGCUUAUUCUUCACAUGUGGAUCGGAUUGUUUUAUACCAAGUCUAGUGAGAUGCUGCAGACCUCGAUCAGGCAGGUACAGGAACGCUAUGGGACUCUGGAACCUGCUGCAGGAGAUCUACACACAGAACUGACUGCUAUGGGACAGCCUGCUUUCAGUGAAAGUGGUUCUGAAUCAGCCACUUCAGAAACGCAGCAGACGGCAGAAGUAAUCAUCUCGUCCGUGAUUAAGAGGAUUGAGAAGAAAUCAAAUCUUGUCACUUCUUGUGAUGGUGAAACACUCCCUUGUGUCACUUUGCAACCAGAUGAAGAACAUCCUCUGGAUGAUGAAGGUGCAAGCAGUAAUGAUAACAUACAAGGUCCAGAAGCAUUAGGUUGCAGUGGUGGUCUGCAAGACUCAGCACACAUCUCUUCUGGACAGGAGUGUGAACAGGAACCCACUAAUAACCUACAUGCUGCUGGACUGGAACAGGAAAACCAGGAGCCCAAUUUGUCUCUAAAGUUGACUUCAUUAACAGAUGACAGGAACAUGACUGACUUAGUACAAUACAAGGAUGUCCAGGAUGCAGUUGAUGGAUCUUUGACAGAAAGAAACCUGGUGGACUCAAAUCAAGCAGACAACAGAGAGAAUGCUUCUGUUACAAAACAAACUGAUAAUACUCAGCAACAUGGACUGGAUGAUUCUGAAGCAAUGGAGAGUGAGAGUCCUUUGCCACAACCUUCAACAUGUACAGUUUCUGUUGUGGAGAAGCCAAGAAGUGUGGAUAGUGUCGAUAAUCCUGAGCUGGAAACUACAGAAGUGGAAAUCAUUCGGCAGUCUUCGGUUAUUAAAGAGAUGCUUGAUAUCCAGCUGCCGGCAAAGGAACCAGCUCAGAGGACAGAGAGCUUGAACUUGAGGAAUGCAAGUGCUUCACCGAAUUGUGAACAAGUGGACAAUCACAGUGAAAAUAGACUUCAGACUGAACAGCUGGAUAACCUUGCUAGUUCAGAGGAUGUUGAAAAUACAACAAGCACAGAAGACGUGGAAGCUAUCAAAGACACAGUUGCAAAUGAAAGAAGCAUGCCACAGGAUACAUUUAAUGGAGUGGAUCAUAUUGAUACUGCUUUACAAAGCUCUCCUUUGACAAGUGAUGUACCAAGUCACACUCGCACUCGAAACUCUUCAGAAUCUUGUAAUGUCAUCAUACCCAACAAUGACCAGACUGUAGAUACCAGUCAUCCAAUGUACAACACAUCUGAGCCAUCGGUGAAAGAAAGUACUUGCUCUUAUGUUGAAAGUUGUGCCAGUGAUCAUUUAUUCCGAGAUGUUACAGAGACACAGAGGAAGAGAGGUAUUAGAAGGUUGGUGAGUGAUGGGGAGAUUACAAGUGAUUCUGAUCCUGAAUGUCUAGGCAGUGUGAAAUCUCGAUCCCCUAGUGAUGAAUUGAGAAGGCAAUUAAAACCUCAAGUUACCUUUAAUCAAAACUGUGCAUGCAACCUGAAAGCUCAGCAAAAGCAGGAGUUAGUUUGGUCCAAGGACUUUAUUGCGCCUUCUGAAAGGUAUGAUGGCCCUACAGAAUCUGCUUUUACUCUCAAAGACUUUUCAGAAGGUUCAGAUAUUAAAAUACCAUCGGUCACUAGAGAAUUUUCUGGAAGCAAAAAUGUGUCCAGGAUAACUUGCAAUGCCAGCAGCCAGAAGAUCAAAAGGAAAAGGAAUGCACACAGAGAGACAUCUGAUGAUGGAGAUUCAGAAGAUGGGGAUUUCAGAGUGAAUUGGAACAGCCAAAGUGGGCUGCUGCGCAUGCAAAAUGUUGAUGUGAAUCAUUCACCAGAACUUUUAGAGGAGGAGAUGAGUGACAGUGAUGCCCCUGUGCCUCUGACUGUUAAAAUCCCAGAUCUUUUUGGAAGACCGAAAGUCUACCGAAACUUUACUGUCACUGCAGAGACCCGGUGGAAAUCUAACCAGCCAACACGACGCAGAUGGAUUACCAGGACCUGCUGUAAUUGGCAAAGGGAGCGUACUGCUACCCACCCUUCGGGAAAGUGUGACUGGAAUGCAAAUCACUAUAGAAACACCAGUUCAAUUGAGAAAAUUCUCAACUUGGAGUAUAUCAAUUUUUCUCGGGAUCUCAAAAGUGUGGUGAACAGAGCAACCGCUGGGCCAUUCACAAGCCACUUUUCAUCUUCCAGGGAUGGAAAUAGAACAGCCCUGAGGAAGAGAAGUAUCCAAAUGGUUUCCAGUGGGAGACUAACUGGGAGGAGGAACCCACUGACUGUGACAAUAUCAUGCCGAAAGGUUGACCAAUGCAAUGGGAGGCAGUUGCCCAAUAAAACAUGGACACCUUGUUGGACAAAUGGAGGGGAUGAGACUUUGCAACGAGAAACUGAUGCAUUUACCAGACCGAAGUGUUACACGAGUUUCAUGAACAGUCACAAGAGGCCAUGCAGUCAACCUCAUGUUGUGAUUCGCGAUUCAGUGGAGCGUGCAGAUAGGAUGCCAAGAAAAUCAUGUUGCACCAGGGAGAAAGGAUCACCUUUGGCUGAUGAGCUGCUAAAUGCAAAACGGAAGGAAUACAAAGAGCUUCAGGGUGAUGGGAGGAAAAGAACUGAUCCAUUUUUGUGUCUAAUAACUGAGUUAUGCAGUGACUUGCACCAGAACUUAAGUGAAGUUGUAAAAGAAUCCUGGAAAGGCACUUUCAAGUUUUAUGUCUUUGAAACAAAUUCUGAUCCAUUUUUUAAGGAAAUUAAGGAAUGUCUAAAGAAUGAAGGACAUGUGGAGAUUGGACUGCUGGAUCUCUCAGUGCUACAGCCACAUCAUUGUGGCAAAGUUCUUGUUAUUAUUAGAAAUGAAGACAUAUCAGGGCACCUGCACCAGAUUCCGCACUUAGUGGAAUUGAAACAGAUGCCAUGUGUUCAGUUUGCUGGUGUGGAUAACGCAGAAGAUAUAAAAGACCAAACAUUCCAAGAGUUAUUUAGCUCUGGAGGUUUUGUUGUUUCUGAUGGGACAGUGCUGAACAAUGUAACUCCAGAAUGCUUGCAACAGAUUUCGUCCGUCCUGGAACAGCUGAGUGCUGAGCGUGCCUGGAAGUGGAUGAUUCAUUUCAAAGAACUCAAAAAACUGAAGGAGAUGGCAAGAGAGGACCACACUGCAAAGAGAAAGGUUUCUCUGUUGACUCGGAAGAUUACAGAAAACCUUGUGGAAGUUCUCCCUUUCCACGCAUGUGAUUCCAGGUCCAAGGAGAAGCCUGACUAUCUCAGCUGCCUUGUGAAGCUACAGGUUCAGAAAAUAAGUUCCAGGUUUGCAGUGUUUCUUACAGGGAAACCUGAGAACCGAGAUCUCUUCGCACAAAGUGGAAUCCUUGUUACAGACGUAAACCAUUUUACUAAAAGUUUGAGAAUGCUAACAACUCCUACACAGGACAGUUUGGCCACAGAAAAUGCUCUUGUGGAAGGAGGUCACUACUCAGAGAUUCACUUGGAGCCAUCUUAUGGGAAAAAUAAAGUCACCCAGAAUUUGCAAAUGCCAUCCACCUUGUUCUGAUUAUGAUCCUAACAUCGUA